GUUAUGUGCACCGGACCUUGCUUCGGAAAUGUGAAACCAACCAGAUUCAAUCAAGCAGUAUUCUUACUAAUAAAAGAAAGAUAAUAUACAAAAUGUAUUUUCCGAUAAUUGUUAGGUUUGAAGUCGAAUCAAAUAUUAACUAGCUAGCAGGUACAUUUUUUAAACCAACUAUUCGGAACCGGUAAAACAACAGUAUCACAUUUUUAUAAGAUUUAUUUUAUAACAAAGUAAAAUAUACAUUGUAUUUUUUUACACCAAAACAAAAUGCUGAGGCCAUUAUCAUACUUAAUUUUAUUGCAUUAAGAACACAUAAAUUUACGGAAACGCUAUAUAAUUUUAUGUAAAUCAUUAUAUAAUACAUUUUACCAUUGAGUUUUUUUAGUUCAUAUAGAAAAACAAUCAAAACAAAAUCUAUUAUUUAUAAGUCCAAAGUUUUCAUGCUAUUUUUGCCUCAUCAUUUAGAAAAUUAGAAAUAUAUAUAGCCAUAGAGGGAAAAUACAUUUUACUGCUAAGGUAGCACUCCACAGUUAAUUUCAAGUUCCUGCCGUCAAUGUCCUACAAGCAAUACGUCUAAUAAUUCUGAUACCAAACUACACAACCUGGAAAAAGAAAACACAUUUUGUUGAGAACAUAUAUGACAUAAGAUUGCAAAUCUACAAAGAAAUUAUCCCAUCUGCAAUAGGCAGGCAGUCAAAAAAUUUGCAAUUCAUUCCGUUGAAGCCCAAAAUCUACAGUGGCCCGAGACCCAAAACAACACAUUUCGACCCUCUGGCAAAAAAUAUCUGCAAAUAUACAGGCUAAAGGAACACCGUCUCUGCUUUAGCAACUCCCUAUACAUGCAAAAUAUCACAAAGAAACUAGUCCUCAACCUUGUAGAUUUUUUGCUACUGCUAAAAGUUUGUACCCCCUGUAAAAUGACUUCUUUUUACCGUGCAUGCUGUAUAAAAGCAAUGUUUACAAAAAAUGGCGGCCUUGACAUUCAUAAUCAACAGCAUGUGAUUUCUGGCCAUGUUUUCGAAUUUGCCAGUGAUCAUAUUAGAUGUCACAAAAACAAAUUUUAUGCUGAAAAUGCAUUUUAAAGACAACCAGUCAUUUAAAUCCAGAAUAUUCACUAUAUCCAAGAAAUCCUGGCCAUUCGAAGCUGUGGCUUACAUUACUGUGGUGUGCUACCUUAGUGCAAACUCCUCACAGCGGUUACGUCACGCUUUGCUACUUUAACCACUGCCACCACAAAAAUCACGUGAUGAUGCUCUUAUCACAUGAUUGUGUCAAAAUGGCGGAUACUCCAAAAAAGUUGUUAAAAAAUUGUUUUAUUUGCUCUAAACAACGUCAUUAUAACUUGACUUCUGGUGUAAAGUCUAAAGAUAUUCUUGAAAAAAUAUCGUUUUUGUUAAAGAAGAAUUUUAGUGCAGUUGUAGAGGCGAAUAGUUCACUAGACAAUUCACAACUCAUACCCUCCAACUCCACAUCUACAAGAAAUUCACACAACCUAACCUUCAAGAUACCCUACUGCCGUACACAAUACCGUCAACAAUCUUUCUUCCCACGUACCAUCAAAGACUGGAACAGCCUACCUCCAGACACUACGUCAGCCGGUACAGUUGAGUCAUUCCGUACUCAUCUGUCCCAACUCUAUAUCUAAACCACACUCUUGUCCGUUUUUAACCUGCACUGUACAUAUUUCUCACUAUUUUUACUCUUUCUUUCCGUCUUUGCGCAUUAACCUGGCAGUAAACUUCAGUUAGUUGAAGGUGGCCAGUAUAUUGGAAGAAGAAGAAGACAUAUGUAGGUCAUGUAACGUCAAAAUUGUAAACACCUUCGAGUUUGUCAAGUUGUUGGAGACUGCAGACGAACAGUGCUAUGGUGACUACUCAUGUCGUUUUAAACGCAUGGCAGCAAGUCCUCUUACGCCAAAGCUGGCAAAACCUGAUUCAGCGCCAAAAAAGAGACUUUCAGCUGCUAGGAAAUCUCUAGAACUCUCCCAACCUGAAGUGCCAUUACAACCAAUGUCUGUACACACAGUAGACAUGCCUUCACCUCCACCUUCAUGUGAGCACAAUUACAGCUUCAUGUCUAUUCCACCCACUCCUAAGAUGACUGAGAAGACUGAGAAAUCUGGUUUUAAACUUCUCAAGAAACAUCUACUGGAACAGGAUGAUGUCUGUGAUGAAAAUGUGAUAACAGCAAUUCUAGAUACUAUCACAUCCAAUUCUGUUCUAAGAAAAGCUGUACAAGUUCGUCUUUUGAAAGAGAUCAACAUGGAGUGCACAACCCUUUCUGCAAGGAAUGUUGCAUUUACCAGUGUCCUUUCUCGGUACAGAAGUGUUGCCAACCUGUAUCACUAUGGUGAUACUCUCUUGGAUGAAAUCAUGCGUGAGAUGUCUGAGAGGUCAAGUUAA